GGACUAUGAACUGGUUCAGUGGAAGUAUUAGACAACCAAGUUCAACCCUUCUCCCUUAUGAUCAAUUAAAAGGAACAGAGGUUGCCACCAUCAAGGCCUGUAACAGACAUCACCAUCAUGAGGACAUCAAUAUCCCUGGCCCCCCUUUCCCUGAAAGCCUCUGGAGACUGAAGCUGAAGGAAUGGCAUUUGAACCACUGAUACUGCAGAUCUGGUAAAAUUCAAUUUGCACAGACUUUACCAAAGCUCAGGAAUGGAAGACAGACCAAAUGCAAAUGAUGCAAAAGGGCAAAGAGUUGAUUGCUCUGCAUACCCCAGCACCAGCAAGGGUAUAAUAUGCCCUGAUGCCUUCAAACCAAUAUGUGCUACUGAUAAGAAAACUUAUGUGAAUGAAUGUUCACUCUGUGCCACUAAUGCAGAAAAAGAGCUGAAUAUUAAGAAACUGCAUAAUGGGGAAUGUCAAGCGCCUAAUGCAACCUGCUUGCCCUUCUUACAGAUUGUGUGCCCAAAAGAAGAACAAACUGCCUGUACUGUGGAAUAUAUGCCCCACUGUGGAUCUGAUAACUGUACUUAUGCAAACAAAUGUGCCUUCUGCAAUGCUGUUGUGAGGAGCAAUAAUUCUCUGACCUUAAAGCAUAUUGGCAAAUGCUGAAUCCACACUCAGGACAGUAGCAAAAGAUUGACUUCUGCAAUCACUUUCCAAGAAAAUAUACUCAAUGAGUCAUCCUCUAGUAUUAGGCUGAGCUGAAAACAAUGGUAAUGUGAGAUCUGCUUGUUGAUUUUCUUCCUCAAUAAAUAAUUCUC